AUUACGUAUCCGCCAUUUUCCUUUACGAGGUUAUAGGUUAUGUUAUAAAUAAAAUAAUUUUUUAAUAAUUUUCCAAUGAUUUUUUAAAUGAAAAUGGCAUUAACUCGUUGCGGAAGACUUAUUUCAACUACCCGCAAAUUUUACACAUCAUCUGGAUUAAAUCAAGGAUAUAUAGUUCUUGUUCCUGAGAUUGGAGAAGAUGCACCGGAAAAGAAUCCGCUAUAUCAUACUGAUGGGCUUCCCAAAUUUAAUCAAAUUACAAUAGAAAAUUGUAGGGCGGCUAUUGCAAAACAAACAUUGGACUUUGAGGUUGGUGUCCAAGAGAUUGAGAAGCAAAUAACUGAAAAUCCUUGUGUAGAUGUUUUUAAAGAUAUUGUGGUACCUUUAGAACACUUAGGACAUGUUAUGGAAACUACCUGGGGUUUAUCAAAAACAUUAUAUCUUGGAAAUAAUACUUUAAUGCCCACUUCAAGCUAUAUGGCCAUACAUGAUCGAGCAAGAAGAGCAAGAUUUUCAAAAUUUACCAGUAAAAAGAUUCAUUUUGCUAUGAAAGAGGAAUUCUCAAAAGAAAAAAAGAGAUCCAGUGAAGAAGAUCGAAUUCUGAAGAAAUAUGUUCUUGAGGGGCGUCUAAAUGGUUUAGAACUUUCCGAAAAGAUCAGCAAAUCUAUGCUAUAUAAUUUAUCUACUUUAGCAAAGGAGAGGAGUGAGUUUAAACAUAAAAAUGAUAUUAAUACAAAACAGCAUGCCCAGAUGGUGAGUGAUAGAACUAUUGUAAGAGAUUUUCCAGAUGAUUUGUUAAAGGCUGUUGCAGUGGAUCCAAGUUAUCAUCUAAAUGGACCUUGGAAAUUUACUUUACAACCUCAUGUUUAUUUUAGACUUUUAGAACACUGCCCUAAUCGGGACAUAAGAUGGUUAUUGUGGAAGUCAAAUGUAAAUAGAGGAUCUGUUGGUGGUGAAAGAGAGCUAGCAACAAGUCUUCAUGUUGAAGAAAUCAGAUUUUUGAAAGCUGAUAUAGCAAAACUUUUAGGGUAUAAUAGUUGUGUAGAUAUGUCUAUGGAAACUAAAAUGGCUGGCAGUAAACAAGCAGUUGACCAAAUGUUUGAAUCAUUAUUAGAAAGAGCUAAGCCUGCUCAAGAUGAAGAGUUGGAAGUGUUAUUAGAAUAUGCAAAUGAAAGAGGCUUUAAGACUGAUAGAUUGGAGCUGUGGGAUAUUCCAUAUUGGAGAAGAAAACAUAGAAUAAGUUUAUAUAAUUAUGAAGAGGAGAAAUUCAAAGAAUAUUUUCCACUUAAUAAAGUAUUAGAUGGUUUAUUUGAACUCAGUGAGAAUUUAUUUAAUAUUGUUAUAAAAGCUAGAACUGGUGUAACAACGUGGCACAAAGACGUCAGAUUUUAUGACAUUUUUGAAUCUCACAGUUCUGCACCUAUUGCCAGUUUUUAUCUAGAUCCCUAUGCUAGAUCAGAUGAUAAACUGAGAGUUCAAAAUCCAGGCUGGAUGAUAGGAAUGCAAAGCAAGAGCCAAGUAACCGAUAGCAAACCUUUGGCCUCCUUAAUUUUCAAUUUUGAACCUCCCAAAGGUGAAUUCCAGUCACAUCUAACAUUUGAAGAGGUGAGAUCAUUAUUUCAAAAGUUUGGUCAUGCACUUCAGCAUCUGUUAACAAGAACAUAUUAUUCUGAAGUAGCAGGAUCCUCUAAUGUCGAGUGGGAUGCUGUAGAAGUGUGUAGUAAUGUGCUUCCUCAUUGGCUGUAUAACAAGAAAGUCAUUGACAGUAUAACUUCCCACCGUGACAGCGGUGACACAUUACCACAAUCCAUGUUCCAGACCUUAUGCGACACCCAAAAACACAUGGCCGGCUACGAUCUUUGCAGAGAAAUGUAUUUAUCCGCCCUAGACCUAGAACUCUACUCUUCCAAAGAUUUCUGGAUGGAUAUAGUGAAGCGACUCUGGCCCAAAUACCGGAGUUUCGAAUAUCACAUAAAAUACGACGCCCACCCGUGUUCCUUCAUGCAAAUAUUCACUGACGAAUGGGGCGCAGCCUACUAUUCGCAUCUGUGGGCUCGAAUGAUUGCUGCCGACGUGUACAGUGCGUUCCACGAAGUGCGCGACAACGAUCAGCAAAUCAGAGACGUGGGAAAGAGGUUUAGAGACACGUUUUUAGCUCUGGGAGGCAGCGAGCACCCUGGUCAAGUAUUCAGGGAGUUUAGGGGUAGGGAUCCGUCACCCAAGGCGUUACUUAAAUCGCUAGGCAUAAAGAAAGUUAACGAAAGUAUUUAAAAUAUAGUGUUAUUUUUAUUUUGUAAGGCGUUUGUUAUUGUUUUGCCUUAAAAAAUUGAACCGUAUGGUCAAUGAAAAUAACGGUUUCACGGUAGCUUAUGAAAUGGCAUUCAAUAAUUAUUUCUAUCGGGCCGAAUUAUGUAUGUCAUUUAAUUAAAAAUUGAUAUAAAACAUUAAAAAUGAGUUUCCAGACAUAAAUCUGGUUUUUAAUAAUUUCUAUUUAAUAGAUAAAUAAGAGAAAAAGAAACAAGAGGGCGUAAAUAGACGCCUUUUUUUCAUUUAGAUCUUAAUUUUUGACACGUUUUUAUAUCAAUUUUUAAUAAAUGAGAUGUAGAACUCGGCCUGAUAAAAAUGAUCACUGAUUGUCAUUUCAAAGGUUACUCCGACGCCGUUUUUCUAGAUCGUGUGGUAUUUAGUAUACGCAAAUAACAUUUUUCUGUGUAUCUAAAGUUAUUUAUUGAUGUUAAUUAUCUUGAUUGAUAGAAUUUAAUGGUUUACGCGAAUUAUUUGAAUUCAAAUAAUAGUGUAUUUUGACUGUUAAUUGUAAAUAUUCUUUUUUAAAAUAAAAUUGUGAAUAUCU